AAAGAGGGGAGGGGAGUGAGGUGGUGAGAGAGAUAAGGUGGUGUCAUAAGCUUUCUUUCACUGUGAGUCUCUCAAAGAAAAAAACCAAAGGCAGAGAAAAGAGAUAACCAAACCCACAAUGGCAUCAACCUCACUCCUCAAGGCGUCUCCGGUGUUGGACAAAUCGGAAUGGGUCAAGGGACAAAGCGUUCUCUUCCGUCAGCCUUCUUCCGCCUCUGUUGUCCUCCGCAACCGUGCCACCUCCCUCACCGUCCGUGCUGCUUCCUCCUACGCCGAUGAGCUUGUUAAGACAGCGAAAACAAUUGCGUCUCCUGGACGCGGAAUCUUGGCGAUGGACGAAUCCAACGCGACUUGCGGGAAGCGUUUGGAUUCGAUAGGGCUAGAGAACACUGAAGCAAACCGUCAAGCUUUCCGGACUUUGCUCGUCUCUGCACCGGGACUCGGACAGUACAUCUCCGGCGCGAUCCUAUUUGAGGAGACUCUGUAUCAGUCUACCACCGAAGGCAAGAAAAUGGUCGACGUCCUCGUCGAGCAGAACAUCGUCCCUGGUAUCAAAGUUGACAAGGGUUUGGUGCCACUUGUUGGAUCCAACAAUGAGUCAUGGUGCCAAGGACUAGACGGUCUAGCCUCUCGAACUGCUGCUUACUACCAACAGGGUGCUCGUUUUGCCAAAUGGCGUACUGUCGUGAGCAUUCCCAACGGUCCAUCUGCUCUGGCCGUCAAAGAAGCUGCUUGGGGUCUUGCUAGAUACGCUGCUAUUUCACAGGACAGCGGCUUGGUUCCGAUUGUGGAGCCAGAGAUCUUGUUGGAUGGAGAACACGACAUUGACAGGACAUACGACGUGGCUGAGAAGGUUUGGUCUGAGGUUUUCUUCUACCUUGCUCAGAACAAUGUCAUGUUUGAAGGUAUCCUCCUGAAACCGAGCAUGGUUACUCCCGGAGCUGAGUGUAAAGACAGAGCUACUCCUGAACAAGUUUCCUCGUACACCCUUAAGCUCCUCCGCAACAGAGUCCCUCCCGCAGUCCCCGGAAUCAUGUUCUUGUCCGGAGGACAGUCGGAGGUGGAGGCAACACUCAACCUGAACGCGAUGAACCAGGCACCAAACCCAUGGCACGUGUCCUUCUCCUACGCACGUGCGUUGCAGAACACUUGCCUGAAAACAUGGGGAGGCAGACCCGAGAACGUGAACGCAGCUCAGACCACUCUCUUGGCCCGUGCCAAGGCGAAUUCGUUGGCUCAGCUCGGAAAAUACACCGGAGAAGGCGAGUCCGAAGAGGCUAAGGAGGGUAUGUUCGUCAAAGGCUACACCUACUGAAGAGAUGAUGCUGUGAAAAAAGAAAGAGAUGAAGCAGAUGUUUAAUCACAUUUGUUUUUGAGUUUGGUUGUUAUUAUCAUGUCAAAUCAUUAUUUGUUCUGCUUAAUUUGCAUUAGCUACUCCGAUCCUUUUAAUAAGUUCUAAUAUAUUGAAGUUAUCUAUCUAUCAAA